CCGUGCUGCUGCUCCUGCUGCCACUGUCUGAAAGAAACCUGACAUACCACAUAGGGAAUUUUGAUUUCUUCUGGGGGGACAAAAAAAAAAGGCUGGAAAACCCAUCUGGAGGCUGUGAAGAAGACAUACAGUAAUAGCAAGAAGUGGCAAGCCCUUUCCUUAUUAAACACAAAAAAGGAGAAAACCUAACUUCUCUGCCAGGUGUAUGGGACUUAGAUUCUUGAAACACUGCACUGAACUGUUAAAGGUAAACUAUGACCACUUUACUAUUAGUGUUUGUGUGUUUGCAAGUCAUCACUGCAGCCAUCUCUGUGGAAGUUUCAGAUCAUGGUAACACACUGAGUGUCAGCAUACCUGAACGGUCUCCCUUGCGUGUCGUCCUGGGAAACUCUCUGACCAUCCCCUGCUACUUCAUCAACUCAUUGGAUCAUGUCACCACAGCCCCCUAUACACCUCCUCUGACCCCAAGAAUCAAAUGGAGCAGACUCUCCAAUGGGAAGGAAGUCGUCUUGCUAGUGGCCACAGAGGGGCAAGUUCGAAUCAACACUGAGUACAAGGAGGUGAUCUCUCUGCCCAACUACCCUGCCAUCCCCACCGAUGCCACCUUGGAAAUCAAAGCGCUGAGGUCCAAUGACACUGGGAUCUAUCGUUGCGAGGUGAUGCACGGUAUUGAGGACAGCCAGGAUACGAUAGAGGUCAUAGUGAAAGGAAUCGUGUUCCAUUACAGAGCCAUCUCCACCAGGUACACUUUGGACUUUGAAAAGGCAAAGCAGGCAUGUAUCCAGAACAGUGCUGUCAUUGCUACCCCUGAACAGCUGCAGGCUGCCUAUGACGAUGGGUUUGAUCAGUGUGAUGCUGGCUGGCUGGCUGAUCAGACUGUCAGGUACCCAAUGCACCAUCCUCGGGAGGGUUGCUACGGUGACAAGGAUGAGUUUCCUGGAGUGAGGACCUAUGGCAUUCGGGAGAUAGACGAAACAUACGAUGUUUAUUGUUAUGCAGAGGAAAUGCAAGGUGAAGUCUUCUAUGCCACCUCCCCAGAGAAGUUCACCUUCCAGGAAGCUGCAGAGAAAUGCCUGAGUCUCGGGACCCGUCUGGCCACCACGGGACAGCUGUACCUGGCAUGGAAGGGUGGCAUGGAUGUGUGCAGUGCAGGAUGGCUGGCAGACGGCAGUGUUCGGUAUCCCAUCUCCAAGGCACGUCCCAAUUGUGGCGGGAACCUGGUGGGGGUGCGAACGGUGUACCUCCAUGUCAAUCAGACAGGGUACCCUCACCCCCAUUCACGCUACGAUGCAAUCUGCUACACAGAUGAAGACUUUUUAGUCCCUGAGAACUUCACCAUCCAGACCAUCACCCAGACCGAAGUGGAGAUACCUCUUCCAUACAAUGUCACAGAGGAGGAAGCCCGAGGCAGCAUUGCAACUCUUGAGCCAAUCGACUUCACACCCACUGCCUCAGAGCUAGAGGAAGGGUUCACAGUGACUCCAGAUCUCUUUGCCACUGGUAUCACUGCCGAGACAGCUUUCCCAGAGGCAGAGAAUGUGACUGAAGAGGGAGCCACAGCUGUAUGGAUGACUCCUGCAGAGGUCGUCACCUCGGUCCUGGACACACUUUUCACCAGUUUGGCACCGGAGGUGAGCUCAGCGAAGGAGGACUUGGAGGUGACUGCCACACCAGAACUAGAGUCUGCCUCAGUGGAAGAGAUGAUUGUGCAGGUGACAGCCACUCCUGCAAGCGGCCUCAUUCCCGAGCAGCCCAUUUCUCCCACUGGCGUCGUGUUUCAUUACCGACCAGCCACCAGCAGGUAUUCCCUCACCUUCACCAAAGCCCAGCAGGCCUGCUUGGAUAACAACGCUGUCAUUGCCACACCCGAACAACUGCAGGCCGCUUACCAGACUGGCUUUCAUCAAUGUGACGCUGGCUGGCUGCGGGAUCAGACUGUCAGAUACCCCAUUGUGACCCCACGGACUCAAUGUGUAGGAGACAAGGACAGCUCCCCAGGCGUGCGGACAUAUGGCAUGCGCCCAGCUUCUGAGAUGUAUGAUGUGUACUGCUACAUUGACCGACUGAAGGGUGAAGUGUUCUUUGCAACCCAAGCAGAUCAGUUCACCCUCCUAGAAGCCCAGGAAUACUGUGAGAGCCAGAAUGCCACCCUGGCCUCUGUUGGGCAACUCCAUGCCGCCUGGAAGCUGGGCCUGGAUAGAUGCCGUGCUGGCUGGCUUGCUGAUGGCAGCAUCCGAUAUCCCAUUGUGACCCCACGUCCUGCUUGUGGGGGAGACAAACCUGGUGUGAGAACCAUCUACUUGCACCCCAACCAGACAGGAUUCCCUGACCCACUGUCAAGGCACCACGCCUUCUGUUUUAGAGCCCUGCCAUCUCUGGACAAGGAUGAAUUUGUUGAGGAGCAGAUAGUAACCCAGGUGAUCCCUGGCUUGGAGGAAGUACCCUCUGGGGAGGAGCCAACUGUGGAAACGGAGUUUGCCACUGAACCUGAAAAUCAGACAGCGUGGGGAACAGAAGUCUUUCCAACUGACAUUUCCUUGCUAUCAGUGAGUCCAUCAGCUUUCCCCCCUGUUGCUGCAAUACCAGAUGAGCCCAGUGUAGAGACUUCUCUCAGUGGAGUGCCUUCAGGGGAGAUAUCUGCAUCUGGAGUACUUGAAACCAGUGGUCAACCAUCAGCUUCUGGGUGGAUACCUGGAGAAUUAGCUUCUGGAACAUUUGAACCUAGUGGAGAGCCCUCAGGGAUCGAAGAAAGCGGAGUGCCAUCUGUAGACCUGGAUUUCAGUGGAUUUCCUUCUGGACUGCCAUCAGGGGAUGAAAGUGGGCUGCCCUCAGGCAUUAUUGAAGGCAGUGGGUUACCUUCUGGCGAGGAAGACUUAUUAGUAUCUGCUUCUGGAAUCCCAGACCUUAGUGGGGUACCAUCUGGACUGCAAGAAAUCAGUGGAAUUCCAGAAAUCAGUGGGCUGCCUUCUGGAGAAGUCUCUGGUGUUGAGCUUACUAGUGGCCUGCCAUCUGGAGAGUAUGAUGAAAGUGGACUCCCAUCUGGUUUUCCAACUGUCUCUCUUGUGGACACUACUUUGGUGGAAGUUGUAACAACAGUAGCAGAAAGUCAACUAGAAGGAAAAGGAACAAUUGGGGUCAGUGGAGAAGGAGACCUAUCAGGGUUACCCUCUGCUGAAUGGGACAUUAGUGGAAAAGUCAGUGGGUUGCCCUCAGGAGUUGAUAUCAGUGGAGCACCAUCCGGGAUACCCGAAAUCAGUGGAGCACCCUCUGGGAUACCUGAUAUCAGUGGGUUACCCUCAGGAAUCGAUUUCAGUGGUGCACCAUCCGGGAUACCUGAUAUCAGUGGAGCACCAUCUGGAAUACCUGAUAUCAGCGGCUUUCCCUCAGGAAUUGAUUUCAGUGGAGAACCAUCUGGGAUACCUGACAUAAGUGGCCUUGUAGACCUAAGUGGCCUUGUUUCUGUUGUUGAUAGAAGUGGAGAGCCCUCAGGCAUUACCUUUUUAAAUAUCAGUUUGGUUGAAGUGACAACCCCAUCAGUUACGGAAGCUGAAGCAAAAAAGUUUUUGGAAAUCAGUGGAUUGCCCUCUGGGGAUGAAGAUAUAUCAGGCACAGUGUCUGGAAUUUUAGAUGUUAGUGGUCAGCCUUCUGGGCAAAUAGACUUCAGUGGAGGGGUUUCUGGAGCUCCUGAAAUGAGUGGAUUUCCAAGUGGAGUAAUUGACAUCAGCGGAGAUACUUCUGGUGUGGAAGUUGUUAGCGGCCUGCCAUCUGGAGUUUAUGAUUAUAGUGGACUCCCGUCUGGCUUUCCCACUAUCUCUCUUGUGGAUACAACUUUAGUGGAAGUUGUAACACAGACAUCUGUUGCACAAGAGGUAGGAGAAGGGCCAUCUGGGAUAUUAGAAAUUAGUGGACUUCCUUCAGGGGAAAGAGAAACAUCUGGAGAAGUGUCUGGAGUUAUGGAUAUUAAUGGGUUACCAUCAGGGACAAUAGACAUCAGUGGAGAGACAUCAGGCAUUUCAUAUUUUAGUGGAGAAAUUUCUGGACUCACAGACUUAAGUGGAGAGUCCUUAGCAGUGACUGGAGUUAGUGGAGAGGCCUCCGGACUUCCAGAAGUCACCUUGGUCACUUCUGAUUUGGUGGAAGUUGUGACAAAACCAACAGUUUCACAGGAGCUAGGUGGAGAAACGGCUGUGACACUCCCCCAUAUUUUUGAGUCAAGUGGAGAUGGGGAAAUUGGUAGAGAGGCCUCUGUAUUUCCUAAAAUUAAUGUAGAAACAUCUGGAUUUCAUGAAAUUAGCAUAGAAACAUCUACAGCUCCUGAAACUAAUGGUGAAACAUCUGCAUUGCCUGAAAUUACCAUAGAAAUUUCUACAGUUCAUGAAACCAGUGGUGAAACAUCUGCAAUAUCUGAAAUUAGCAUAGAGACUUCUACAGUACAUAAAACCAGUGACAAAAUAUCUGCAUUGCCAGAAAUUAGCAUAGAAACUUCUACAGUUUACAAAACCAGCAGUGAAACAUCUGUAUUGCCUGAAGUUAACUUAGAAACAUCUGGCAUAGCUGUGGUCAGUGGUGAAACUUCUGGAGCACCAGAAGAGAGGAGGGAAGAUUUUUCAGGAACGCUCGUAACCCCACUCCCAUUUGUUUCAGGGGAAACCUCUGCACCAGAAGUUGUAAUUAGUACCAGUAUGCCAGACAUUGAAUUAACACAAGAGCCCAUGGGUCCUGAAGAGGCCUGGCUUGAAAUACAGUCCUCUGCUCCCAUGCUUUCAGAACAAGAGACCAAAAUAGCUAUUGUUCAAGAAACUUUAGAGAUAUCACCCACUGCCACUGCUAUCUUGCCUCAAGUUUCACCAGAAGCCACCAAUGUGCCAGAACCCACUGCAGAAGUCAUACCCAAGACAUGUGAUGAGAAGCCCUGUGGAGCUGGAACCUGCCAGGAAAGAGAUGGAAACAUCACCUGCGUGUGCCCGCCUGGGUACAUGGGUGACCACUGUGAUAUAGACAUUGAUGAGUGCCACUCAAGCCCCUGUCUGAAUGGAGCUACCUGCGCUGAUGGCAUCGACUCUUUCAAAUGCUUAUGCCUUCCCAGCUACGGAGGGGACCUGUGUGAGAUCGACCUGGAGGACUGUGAUGAGGGCUGGACCAAGUUCCAGGGCCAUUGUUACAAACACUUUGAACAGAGAGAGACGUGGGUGGAAGCUGAGACCCGAUGCCGGGAACAUCAGUCCCACCUGAGCAGUAUCAUCACUCCGGAAGAACAAGAGUUUGUGAACAACUAUGCCCGGGAUUACCAGUGGCUUGGACUCAGUGACAGGGCUAUCGAACACGACUUCCGCUGGUCCGAUGGAAACUCCCUUCAAUACGAGAACUGGCGGCCGAACCAGCCCGACAACUUCUUUGCCGCAGAAGAGGAUUGUGUGGUGAUGAUCUGGCAUGAGCAAGGCGAGUGGAAUGAUGUCCCAUGCAACUAUCACCUCCCUUUCACGUGCAAGAAGGGAACAGUUGCCUGUGGGGACCCUCCUGUGGUAGAGAACGCCAGGACCUUUGGAAGGAAGAAGGACCGAUAUGAAAUAAACUCCAUGGUGCGGUACCAGUGCAACCAGGGCUACAUACAACGCCAUGUGCCCACAAUUCGGUGCCAGCCCAAUGGCCACUGGGAGGAACCACGGAUAGCCUGCUUAGAUCCCUCCAUCUACAAACGCAGACUACACAAGAGGAGCCCAAGGAAUCGGUCGAGAACCAAUGGCAGAGCCGCACAGGCACCCACCCAUUAGAGAGGGGAGCGAGAGAUUUUACGAAAAUUAUAUUAGCAGAGGCAGUUUCUUCUUCUUGAUGUUGUUGUUGCUUUUUGUCAUAUAAGGAAAAAAAUAUAUUAAAGAAAAAACCCCACCUUUGUGUAUAUAUAUAAAAAACAAACCAACCUCAGCGCACCAAAGCAAAGGGAAUUAGAUUCCAGCAUUUUG